AUGCCUCCUCCAUUUGAUUCUAUCUCUAAGAUCCACCCUCCAAAGGAGGCAUGGAGACUUAAAGUUAGGGUACUAAGAACUUGGAUUGUUCCUUCUUUUGGAAAUUAUGAUGUUGCAAAUUCAAUGGAAAUUGUUCUUGUUGAUGGAGAUUCUAACAAAAUACAAGCAACUGUUAAGAAGCAGCUCAUAAAUAGGUUUAAAGAGAGUAUUGUUGAGGGUCAAACAUACCGAAUGUCAUAUUUUAGUGUUGUUCCAAACCAAGGCAAUUAUAGGGCAGCAGAACAUGAGUUUAAGUUGGUUUUUCUUAACCGUACAACUGUUAUCCCUGUCCCUGACGAUGAUAUCCCAAAGACAUGUUUCAGUUUCUGUCCCUUUGAUGAGCUCUUGAAUAUGACUGAAGAUUAUGUUUACUUAGUUGAUGUUAUUGGUUUGCUAACUUCUGUUGGUGAAGAGAAAGAGUAUGUGAAAGAUGCGAAAGUGAUGAAGAUGAUCGUUCUUGAGUUAUCUUCAAAAGAGUUGACAAUACGUUGUGCUUUGUUUGGGGAGUAUGUGGAUGAAGUGCAUCGUUUCUUAGGUUCUGGCUAUAUGGAGCAGCCAGUUGUUGUGAUCCAACUUGCCAAAGUUAAAUUUUUUAGGGGACAAGUUGGUCUCCAAAAUGUUAUGCAUGCUACUCGGCUGUUCUUUAAUCCAGAUUUGUCUGAAGUAGUUAAUUUCAAAAACAGUAUGAUUGACCAAGGUAUCAAUGGAACAUAGCCAUUAUUUAUUGCUAAUGAGGGCAAGGUUGUUUCAUUGGAAGAUGAUUUUACGUGGCUUACUAGAAGAUGCACUAUUGACGAACUUCAUGAUAACAACGAGGAGGGGUCUUUUGUGGUUUUUGGUUUUGUGAGAUCUAUUGUGGACGAGGGACCUUGGUGGUAUUCAGCUUGUGUUUGUGGGAAGUCAAUUCAGCCUCAAGGUGGUGCAUAUUAUUGUGAUUUUUGUCAGCACUAUGUUACCAAUGUGACUCCCGGAUAGCUGAAAUAGGUUUUUUGGACAUUAAUUUGCUACGAUGAGCCUUAUUGCACGUAGAAGUGAUCGCACAAGGCGUUUCUUUGGGACAAGAGAGUAUUGGCGAAAUGAUAAGGAAGAAACAAUUAUGUUUCGUGCAUACAGAGGACGGGAUGAUGUUUUGCUUCCAGAGAUAGUAAUUGCUAGAUAUGGGGUCGAGCUGAAACAUGAAAUUGUCCUGAUUGAUCUUUGUGACAACUGUAUCAAGCUUAAAUUAAAAAAAUGGGGAAACAAAAUUUGGAUACCUUCCGGUGAGGUAGACAAGUUAUUUUCUUUCUAUAAGUUCAAGAGUGUGGUGAAAAUCGGUCUAAUGCAUGUCACAAGUGUCAUAUUUUUUGUGGCUCCUGUGGAUAGGUGAAGUAAACCAAUUUAUAUGGAUUUUUAUGCUUUUCACUAUGUUAAAGAUAUUGUUGAUAUAUCUUUACUAAAACUAAUUCAAGAUGAGUUGGGAUUGAACUA